CGCAAGCCGACGGCAGUACAGAAUGAGGCGCGUCGUUGGGCGACCCUGCGGCGCGAUUGUGGCGAGAGUGCCACGAUCUACUUCAUCUGCAUCCAGGGUGCGUUUGCUCAGUGUCUCUGUGGCAUUUGCCCGAGAGAUGCGGCCAAUGACGCAGCGACUGGUGGACGGCGUAUUGCAGGGAAAUCGCACAGCUCUCAGCAGGUCCAUCACGUUGGUCGAGUCAACACUGAAGAGGGACGAAGAGCAGGCGGAGCUACUGCUGGACAGUGUACUCACGCAGCGCAGAUCGCGGAAGCCCGCGCAUCGAUGCCAAGUCGGAAUCCGACUUGGCAUCGCUGUGCCACAAGGUGCUGGAAAGUCCACUUUUACAAAUCGAUUUUGUGCUGAUCUAUCGCCUGUUCUGCUGUCAGAUCCGUCAUCUUCACGAUCGGGCGGCUCGAUUCUUGGCGACAAAACUCGCAUGGAAAAACUAUCCAACGACCCUAACGCGUUCGUUCGUCCAUCACCUUCGCGCGGUACGUUGGGCGGCGUGGCACAGCAUACGAACGAAGUUGUUCUGCUCUAUCGUGAUCGAUGA